GGUUUAUUCUGCUGGGGAAAGAGAGAGGGUCAUUGUGCUGGAAAGGGGUGGGCGGGAAGGAGAUGGGGCGCUCUCAUCGGUCUCCCGUCCAGACUCUCCGGCUCGGAGGACAGAUGUCCCCCGCCCCUCUCCUCCGCCCGCCCCGGGGACCGAGGGACCCAGGGCCCAGGAGGAGGAGGAGGAAGAGGACAAAUAUGAGCUGCCUCCCUGUGCGGCUCUGCCCAUGAAUCUAGCCCCUGCCCACCUUCCUGGCACCGAGGAGGAGCCGUUGUACCUGGCUGAUGGCAGCCCGGAGCCUGCGGGAGGCCAUGAUGCAGGGCCAAGCCUCCGGGAGGCGAGGUGCCAGGCUCCGUGCAGCCGUGUGAGGAGGACCUCUACCUGGAGUGUGAGCCCAGUCCAGGGAGCAGUGAACGCCACCUCCAAAGCCCAGCCCUGCACUCUGCUCCCAGCAGGAAGGAGCUCCUCUCUGGCCCCCGCAGCCCCCACCGGAAGAGGCUCCGCAGCGGAGGACGGCAGCCUGCUGGGUCAGCCGUGGUACUCGGAGAACUGUGACCGCCAUGCUGUCGAGAGUGCCCUGCUCCGAUGCCAAAAGGACGGGGCCUACACUGUGCGCCCCAGCUCGGGGCCUCGCGGCUCGCAGCCCCUCACCCUGGCGGUGCUGCUCCACGGCCGGGUCUUCAACAUCCCCAUCCGGCGGCUGGAUGGCGGGCGCCACUACGCCCUGGGCCGGGAGGGCAGGAGCCAUGAGGAGCGCUUCUCCUCCGUGGCGGCCAUGGUCCAGCACUACAUGCAGCAGCCCCUGCCCCUCAUGGACAGACACAGUGGCAGCCGGCAACUCACCUGUCUGCUCUUCCCCACCAAGCCCUGACAGCCAGCGACGCCCACACC